AUGACCAGCUCCGAAGCAUCCGCUUCUAGUUCUACUGAGGAUGAUAGUACGACAGAUUCUAGUUCCGAAUCACCUGUGGAUGAAAGUACUACCGAGGUUUAUUCUGAAACACCAGCUGACUCCAGCUCCGAAGCAUCCGCUUCUAGUUCAACUGAGGAUGAUAGUACCAUAGCUUCAAGUUCCGAAUCACCUGUGGAUGAAAGCACUACUGAGGUUUCUUCUGAAACACCAGCUGACUCCAGCUCCGAAGCACCCGCUUCUAGUUCUACUGAGGAUGAUAGUACGACAGCUUCAAGUUCCGAAUCACCUGUGGAUGAAACAAUUUGCCUUUUUGGAUUGAUGUUCGCCGUAUGCCAAGCUGAGUUGGGUGGCGAAUUCACACGCACUCUUAUCUCAUCAAAUGAAACGGUAGAUGUUUAUGAACUAACGGAUCUAGCCGACGAUGCUGAUGAUGAUGUCGAAUUGGGAAACCAAAAUGAUGAUCCUGAAGAGGAAUGGGGAAACCAAAAUUAUGAUGCUGAGGAUGAUGCAGAAACACAAAAUGAUGACGCCGAGGAUGAUUCGGAAAAGCAAUAUGAUGAUACCGAAGAUAGUUUGGAAAAACAAAAUGAUGAUCCCGCGCAAAGUGCCGAAAAACAAAAUGAUGACCCUUCGCAGCAAUAA